AUUUAUUCAGCCAUCUGUCAUCGCCAUGGCCUGCAUGACCUGAUGACCACCAUCUCCGUCGCCAAUCAGCUAACAACACAAGGUACUGUACCUGCCUACCUACCUGACCUUAGGUAACUGUUGUAUCUUCUCACACCGCUGCCGAGAACGACUGCGCGGAUGCUUCGAGCCAUGGCGAAACGAGUUCCCAUUCCGAAAAAUGGCGUCGAUUACAGAGGCAAAAUCGUCCUGGCUCCCAUGGUACGCAGUGGUGAAUGCCCAUCGCGACUCCUGGCCCUGAAAUAUGGUGCGGACCUCGUGUGGGGGCCAGAGACCAUUGAUAAGGCGCUGAUUGGCACCACGCGGCGCGAAAACCCCGUCACCAAGGCAGUCGACUUCACCAGAAUAUCUUCCAAUGGCGCCAAAAAUCCCACUCUCCAUCCCGACCAACGUGAAAGCGUCAUAUACCGCCUCCAUCCUGAACGUGAGGGCAAGAAGCUCAUCUAUCAAAUCGGAACUGCCAAUCCGGAAACUGCAGUGGAAGCGGCGAAGCUCAUCGCCAAAGAUGUCGCCGGCAUCGACGUCAAUGCAGGAUGUCCCAAACCGUUCAGCACCAGUGGUGGAAUGGGUGCAGCGUUGCUCAAGACCCCCGAUAAACUCUGCUCCAUCCUCCGCGCACUGGUGCAAGAAGUCGGCAUACCCUUCGAGAUUGGCAUCAGCGUGAAGAUCCGCAUCCUGGACACGCCCGAAGAGACGCAAGACCUCGUUCGCAAACUCUGUCAAACGGGAAUCCAUGGCCUGACCGUCCACUGUCGCACUACGCCCAUGCGUCCUCGCGAAGCCGCCAUUCGUGACGAACGCCUUCACGUCGUGCGACAAACCUGCCACGAAGCAGGCGUAUCCUGCCUCAUCAACGGCGACGUGGCGAGUCGCGACGACGCGAUGAAGCUGAUCGAGCAAUAUGGCGUCGACGGUGCCAUGAUCGCCACCGCAGCAGAGACCAACCCUUCCGUCUUUCGAGCCGAGGAAGCAGGUGGCAAGGCCCCGUGGGAACAAGUCGUCCAAGAAUACGUCCAAACGGCACUCGAGGUAGAAAACCGCUUCGGCAACACCAAAUAUCUCCUCGGCCAGAUGAUUCCUGGAAAAGCCGGCGCCUACAAGAAAAUGAUGGCUGCGAAAAGCUACACGGGCAUCGUGGAAGCGCUGGGCUAUUCGGAUCUCGUGAACAUCGCCAAAGAAAUCGAUCAGAGGCUGGAAAUUGGAGCUUUUGAGAAACCUAAAAUGACCAAAGCGGAACGCAAAGCCGCGAACAAAUUGGCGCAAAAGGCGAAAGAGGAGGUGGAAGAUGAGAAGAAGAAGAAUGAGCCUCCUCUCAGUAGUAGUGGUAGUAUUAGUAAAGACGACGAGGAGAGAAUCAAGUUGCAGACCACCGCUGCAGGAAUCAAGCGUACGGCGGAGCAGGCACAGCUCGAUAUGCCGCCUGACAUUGCUCGUGAGCGAGGACCAGGGUCUGUGUCGGAGAGUGCGUCGACGCUGGUCGUGUGAAAAUAAAAAACAUUAAAAUAAAUAGAAAAAGAGAGAGAGAGAGAGAGAGGUGAAAAAGGUCAGGUAGUGGCUGCAUCUUGGUUCACCAAGCGCUGGACAAACCGAGAUGCAGUCAGUCCAGACAAAACGAAACGAAACGAAACGAAGC